UAAAAUAUCAAAACAAAAACUUCUAACGAGAGAGAGAGAUGGGAAGGCAUGAAGGAGAGAGGAAAACCACAGGGUGGGCUGCAAGAGAUUCUUCUGGGUUCCUCUCGCCUUACACAUACACUCUUAGGUAUACAGGGCCUGAUGAUGUGUACAUAAGAAUCAUAUGCUGUGGAAUAUGUCACACUGAUAUUCAUCACGCUAGGAAUGAUCAUGGCAAGGCUCUUUACCCAAUGGUUCCUGGGCACGAGGUGGUAGGGGAAGUGGAGGAGGUGGGAUCAGGUGUGAGCAGGUUCACGGUAGGUGACAUAGUGGGAGUGGGCUGUUUGGUCGGAAGCUGUGGGAACUGCGGUCCAUGCCACCGAGACAUGGAACAGUACUGUCCCGAGAAGAUUUGGAGCUACAGCGACGUCUAUUUCGACGGCAGCCCCACCCAAGGCGGUUUCGCCUCCGCCACCGUCGUCCACCAAAAGUUUGUGGUGAAGAUACCCGAGGGAAUGGCGGCGGACCAGGCGGCGCCGUUGCUAUGCGCGGGCGUAACGGUGUACAGUCCUCUUCGCCACUUCGGCCUGAAAAAGCCGAGCCUAAGGGGAGGGAUUCUAGGGUUAGGCGGCGUCGGACACAUGGGUGUGAAGAUAGCCAAAGCGAUGGGUCACCACGUCACUGUCAUCAGCUCAUCCGACAAGAAGAGACGAGAAGCGCUCGAAGAUCUCGGAGCCGACGAUUAUGUGAUCGGAUCCGACGCUUCUAAGAUGCACGGAUUAGCGGAUUCUCUCGACUACAUCAUCGACACGGUGCCCGCCCAUCAUUCCCUCGAGCCGUACCUGUCAUUGCUGAGGCUUGACGGCAAGCUCAUUCUCAUGGGUGUGAUCAACACUCCUCUGCAGUUUCUCAAUCCCAUGGUCAUGCUCGGGAGGAAGAUUAUCACAGGGAGUUUCAUAGGGAGCAUGAAGGAAACAGAGGAGAUGCUCGAGUUCUGCAAGGAGAAGGGUUUAACUUCGAUGAUCGAAGUUGUGAAGAUGGAUUAUGUGAACACUGCGGUUCAAAGGCUCGAGAAGAAUGACGUACGGUACAGAUUCGUCGUCGAUGUCGCCGGAAGCAAUGUGUGAUUCUCGACACAAACCUACGGGUGAUCUCAUAUCAUAUAUAUCUCCAAGAGCCACCACGACACACCUACGUGUAUCUUUCUAAAUAAUGUUAAUGCCAUGAAUCCUGAACUGAUUUGCAAGGUUCGCCUGAUUUA